UUCAGGUCCCCUCCCAGGAGGCGGUCUCUCUCAGGAAGUCCUCAGAGUUUUCACUUUCUCAGGAUCUCUUCUGAUAUGCUCCUAACUUAUAAUCUCUCUGUCUGCUUUGGAGUUUUGGCGUCUCCUUCAUGGCAUCCUCUCUAGAAGACGAUCUCUCGUGCUCGGUGUGUUGUGAGCUUUAUAAAGAUCCUCAGCUCAUCCACUGUGGACACACUUUCUGUCGCCAAUGCCUUAAAAAACACUGGACUGUAAACACCGCCCGGUCGUGUCCUCUGUGCCGCAGGGUGUGUGCACAGGAACCCGUGGCAAACCUGGCGCUGAGGAACACCAGCGAGUCUUAUCAAAGGGAGAAGGAAAAGGAGAGGAAGGAGCAAGAGAGCAACAGUGAAGUCAGAUGUUCUCAGCAUGGAGAGAAAGUCCAGUUCUUCUGUAAAACUGAUAAUGAGGUCAUUUGUUCAAAGUGCAGGAAAGAAAGACACACAUCACACAGAGUUCAGCUGCUCACAAAUGCUGUACGACAACACAAGGUGAGAAUUAAAGCUGCUCUCCAAACAUCUGAAAAAGCUUUGCGGUCUCGAAAGAACGGCACUUGUCAAACAUCCCAAUUCAUCAAGUACAUUCAGUCUCAGGCCCAGCAGGCAGAGAAGCAGAUAAAAGCAGAAUUUGAGAAAUUUCACCAUUUUCUUCGAAAGGAAGAAGAGACGAGAAUGACGGCACUGAAGAAAGAAGUAGAGAGAAAGAGAGGGAAGGUGGAGGAAAAGAUAGAACGAGAGAUACUGCUUCUUUCUGACAGAGUGAGGGAGGUGGAAGAAGAAAUGGAGACUGAAGAUGCCACAUUCAUGCAGAAUUAUAACUUUAUACUACAGAGAGCUCAAUACACAAUCUUAGACUCAGAGUUAAGUUCAGAAAAUCUCAUUAACAUGGCCAAACAUGUGGGGAAUCUGGGAUACCGAGUGUGGGAGAAGAUGACGGACAUCUUUCUUUACUAUCCGAUCCUCCUGGAUGUGAACACUGCUCCUGAGGACUUUUUCAUAUCAGAUGACCUGGGAAGCGUAGGGAAGUCAUUACACAUGCAUCCGAACCCUAUUCCAUUUCAGGAGACCAGUUUGGUGCUGGGAUCUGAGGGAUACAGUGACGGCUACCAUUGCUGGAACAUUGAGGUGGGAGACAGUAAGCACUGGACUCUCGGUGUGUGUCGACACUCAGCAAACGUGAAGUCGGUGGAACCUUUGACUGCCGAAACGGGCUUUUGGGGUCUGAGUAGAAAAGGGGAAUCCUACAUGCUCCUGACUUCAUGCCAAUACUCGUUCCGUAUACGCAGGAAGCCAAGAACAGUGCAGGUCCAACUGGGCUGGUGGUAUACCAUCGGCAGUGUGAGCAUAAGUCGGAUGGUGAAAUUUGUGGAUGUCAGUGAUGGAUCUGUGAUUGCAUGUUAUACUGGAAUUCCUGACGGUGUGCAGUUGUUUCCAUUCCUGAUCCCAAAAGAGCGUCUUUCUCAUCUACGCAUCAUUCCUGCUAAUCCAGCCCUGGUCUUAGAGCACACGUUUGUACAGAGACAAAAAAAUCAGAUUGCUGAUUUCAUAUUAUAUUUGUUUAUCAUUGGCUUGAUCAUUUGGUUGUGGUUGUGUGGAGUGAGAGAGUGAGUGAGUGAGUGAGUGAGAGGGAGGGAGUGUGAGUGAGUGAGUGAGUGAGUGAGUGAGUGAGUGAGUGAGUGAGUGAGUGAGUGAGUGAGUGAGAGUGAGUGUGAGUGAG